AUGCUGCAGGUUGAGCCUAGUUAUACCAACCCCACUGGGGGCCCCAUAGCAGAUUUCCCUUUGGACAAAACAGGGACAAGGGGAAGAGCCAAUUCCACUAUGGAUGAUCUAAAGGAAGGAGGCCUGGAAGCCACACAAGAAAUGGCCCAACCAUUUAAAGUGGCCUUGCAGAUCCCCUCCAAGAUGGAGACACGGGACAGUGAUGCCAUCUCCUGCCCAGGCUACAGUGGAUUUGUGGACCAAGACAAGUUCGCCAUGCUGAAUGAUCCUCUGGACAGUCAUGAACAGCUCCUUGGCAAGUCUGCUAAAGAACUGAAGAAGCUGGCAAGGGAAGGGUCUUGGAGCAGGAGUCAUGCUUUAAGGGCACAGGCUUACCAGCACGUCAUCAAGAACAUACCCUGCCGAUCCGUGGCCUCAGAUGCCCUAGUCUACAGGGAUGUUUCCAGCAUGCUCUUUCAAAGGGGAAGUGAGCCCUCUGAGCCCUUGCCUGAAUUCCUGACAGGAAGCAUCAUGCCUGAAUAUAGUCUCAACAAGGAAGGGGCGACUGCCCUGAAGAAGAUACUCAUCUGCAUCUCCAACCUGUACCCAGACAUCACCUACUGCCCCCUCCUUCCAGCUGUGACUGCCCUGCUACUCCAUUACAGCCAAGAUGAGGCCCAGUGCUUUGAGAACGCCUGUCGGCUCCUCUACUGCAACGCUCCCCACACCUCCUACAUAGACCACUCCUUCCUCGCUCAUAUGGCCUCAUGCAUGACCUUUGGGGACCUAGCCAACAAACACUGCCCAGCUGCCCACCGGCUGAUGGCCAGCUCAUCAGACAGCACCUUUGAUGUGUAUUCUGACUGGCUGGUAUGGCUUUUUGAGGACCUUCCAUUUGAAUAUGUCAUCCGCAUCUUUGACGUGUACCUUGUAGAGGGGAAGAAAGUCCUCUACCGAAUUGCACUGGCCCUACUGAAGCAAUACCAGCUCUUUGUAACUGCAAAAGGGCUGGAGGUGAUUGAGGAUAUCAAAGGAAGCUUGCAGGCUUUCCUGUGGGACAUUCAGGAGCACAUGAGUGCAGACAAGCUGCUUGAGAAGGCGUUUGGCAUCCGGCUUUUCUCUCGCAAGGAAAUCUGGCUGCUUCAAAUGGCCAACAGGAAGGCAUUAGUGGAGAAAGGCAUAACCACGGUACACCACAGACAACCUUUCCAUCUUACUGUGAAUGCACAUAAUUUCACAUCCACCAUUGUGACCGCUCAGGAAAUGCGCAUCGUGUGGUCCUGGAUUCCUGAAAGAUUUUCUUUGUUCUCGCCUCUCCUCUUAUUCUCGACUUCUAAAGAUGGGUACAGCUUGCAAAGGUUGUAUUCGUGCUGUGAAGGCUACGAACCAACGGUACUGCUGUUAAAAACCACAGUGGGGGAAGUGUGUGGAGCAUUUCUCUCCUCUGACUGGAAUGAAAGGAAAAAAAGUGGGGGAGCAUCAAGUUUCUUUGGUACUGGAGAAUGCUUUGUUUUCACAGUGCACCCUGCGAUGGAACGGUACGAGUGGGUUUUCAUCAAGAAGCCAGAGCAGGCCAAAGCUCUGCCUCGUUCCCCACGCCAGCGCUCUCCAUCUCCUUUUGCGUUAGAGAGUCGGACAACAACCAGCUCAAACCACCUCACCGUACCAAAGUUAGAUAUGAUCAGAUACCGCCUGUCUCCAUUCCUGGCAACUAGGCAUUUCAAGUUGCCUUCCAAAACAGCCUCCAUGUUUAUGUCUGGAACUCAGGAAGGAAUUAUCAUAGGUGGUGGAGGAGGCCAGGCUCUGUUUAUUGAUGAUAAUCUGUAUCGUGGGAGAACAGAACACUGUGAAACAUUUGACAACCCUCCUCUUUGCCAAGAAAACUUCCAGGUGCAGCUCUUAGAAGUCUGGGGUUUUCAAAACUCCUGA